AUGGUUUUAGCGCAGGACUUUCCUCCUCUUACUGGGGCCUCCAUCCUUGGGACCCCUUCUCUUCCCCUUUCUUCCUCUUAUGCGGCUAAUCUUGCUGCUCCUUCUGGUUCUAGACCUGAGUGGCCGAUGUCUUAUUCUAAGCCGGCGAAAAAACUAUCUUUUGCCUCUAAAGACCUUUCUGAAGGUAAAUCCCUUUGGAACCUUUCUCUUGUUGGUUACUCUCUCGGACCCCGACCCUAUUACGAGAGACUUCGUUUAGCCAUGGAAAGAGCGUGGAAGCUUAAAGGUGACCUCUCUCUUCUAUCUUUGGCGGAUGAUUUCUUCCUCCUUAAGUUUACUGCGGUUGAGGACUAUGACAUGGUUUCUGCGGGUGGACCAUGGUUUUUGCUCGGAAAGCCUUUCAUUUUACAGAGGUGGGAUCCAAAAUUUCAACCUAAAAGAGACGAGGCAGCUGCCAUUCCUCUGUGGAUCAAGAUUCUGAACCUUCCACUUGCUCUUUGGACGCCUUCGGGUAUUUCGAAAAUUGCGAGUUACAUUGGUAUUCCUCUUUACGUUGAUGCUCUUACUGCAAAUAGAACUAGGUUAACUUUUGCUAGAGUAUGCGUGGAGGUGAAUAAAGACUCCAUUUUAGCUGAAGAAAUUCCUAUGGAAAUUGAUGGAAUGGAUUUGACUUUGAAAGUUGUUUAUGACUGGAAGCCGACUAGGUGUGAAGGUUGUGGCUCCCUCAUUCAUUCCUUUGCUAUUUGCCCUCAGAACCCUGACCCUAAACCUGCUAUUCCAAUUAAGGCUCCGCCUAGAGGGAGAAGCAAGAGCAGAGCUCCUGCCUCGCGUGCUGUUAGUAAGGCUAGUAUUAAAGAUGCACCUCCGGUAAUUUCCACUUUACCUGAUCGGCCUCCUCUGCUUCUGAGUGCUGAACCGUCCUCCAGUCAACACCAUCCCGAGACAGAUUCGGCUAAUAUUGCUAUGCCUAACGUGGUUGGUUUAGAUAUGGAUGUGGGUGAUAAAAUUGUUGCUAAUGUGGUUCUCGCUCUUUCGGGUGAGAACCCUAUUGAUGAUAUUGUUUUCCCUGAGAAUGAUUUACCCAUUUAG